CCCCCGGAGCUGGAAAUGCAACUCUUGGGAUCCUCGGAGGCUACGGAGCUGGAGGCGGAGGCGGCUGGGGAGGUCCGAGCGAUGUGACCAGGCCGCCAUCGCUCGUCUCUUCCUCUCUCCUGCCGCCUCCUGUCUCGAAAAUAACUUUUUUUAAACUCUAAAGAAAAGAAAAAAAAAAGUAGCCGCCCGCUUCUCACACCCUCCCCUUCCUCUCAGCCGUCUGGUCUGCGAGGGAGUCUGGGGUGGCCGCUCCGCCGUCGGGGCCGAGCCCCGGCCGCCCCGGGCCGCCCCCGCCCGCCGCCCCCAUGCAUCCCUUCUACACUCGGGCCGCCACCAUGAUAGGCGAGAUCGCCGCCGCCGUGUCCUUCAUCUCCAAGUUCCUCCGCACCAAGGGGCUCACGAGCGAACGGCAGCUCCAGACCUUCAGCCAGAGCCUGCAGGAGCUGCUGGCAGAACAUUAUAAACAUCACUGGUUCCCAGAGAAGCCGUGCAAGGGAUCAGGUUACCGCUGUAUUCGCAUCAACCAUAAAAUGGAUCCUCUGAUUGGACAAGCAGCACAGCGGAUCGGACUGAGCAGUCAGGAGCUGUUCAGGCUUCUCCCAAGUGAACUCACACUCUGGGUUGACCCCUAUGAAGUGUCCUACAGAAUCGGAGAGGAUGGCUCCAUCUGUGUGCUGUACGAAGCCUCGCCAGCAGGAGGUACCACUCAAACCGGCACCAACGUCCAAAUGGUAGACAGCAGGAUCAGCUGUAAAGAGGAACUUCUCUUGGGCAGAACAAGCCCUUCGAAAAACUACAAUAUGAUGACUGUAUCAGGUUAAGAUAUGGUCUGUGGAUCGAUCAUCUUAUAAUGGAUGGAUAAAUUUGAUUUUUUGCUUUGGGUGGGCUCCUCUUGGGGAUGGAUUAUGGAAUUUAAACCAUGUCACAGCUGUGAAGAUCUGGCACAAGAUAGAGUGGUAAAAAAUUUUUUUCUAAGUGACAGUGCCAUAGUUUGGACAGUACCUUUCAAUGAUUUAAUAGCCUGUGAGUCCAAGUAUAUGAUCACUAUUUGCUAGGGAGCGAGGUUCUAGGCUGGUUUCAGUUUCUCCCACACACCUAAAUUUUUAACAUUAGUCCCUCUAAGCAUACGUAUUUCAGAACACCUUUCUCUGCAGUAGAUCUUGCGGAGGGAUUUGCACUAUUACACUUGAAAAUUGUUAUGGAUAACCUUUUUCGGCAGCUCAGUAGGAAAGUUUGUUUUAAACAUGGUAGUACUGGAAAUUUUAUGACAAGACUUUUACCUAGCACUUAAUAUGUAUAAAUGUACAUAAAGACAAACUAGUAAGCAUGACCUGCGGAAACGGUCAGACCUUGUAUUGUGUUUUUGGCUUUGAAAGUAGCAAGUGACCAGAAUCUGCCAUGGCAACAGGCUUUAAAAAGACACUGUCUCAACUGUGGUGUUAGCACCAGCCAGCUCUCUCUGUACAUUUGCUAGCUUGUAGUUUUCUAAGACUGAGUAAACUUCUUAUUUUUAGAAAGUGGAGGUCUGGUUUGUAACUUUCCUUGUACUUAAUUGGGUAAAAGUCUUUUCCACAAACCACCAUCUAUUUUGUGAACUUUGUUAGUCAUCUUUUAUUUGGUAAAUUAUGAACUGGUGUAAAUUUGUACAGUUCAUGUAUAUUGAUUGUGGCAAAGUUGUACAGAUUUCUAUAUUUUGGAUGAGAAAUUUUUCUUCUCUCUAUAAUAAAUUGUUUCUUAUCUUGGCAUUUUAA